AUGGUGAACUCCUGGGAGACUGCUAAAAGCUCCAAAUGCAACAACAAGAUUGGCACUGGUGAUGGGGAUCUAGCUGGUGGUAUUGAUGUGGAGCUGAAUGAUGCAGGAGCAUCUGAAAGGUCCAUAGGACUGACUGGUGGGGACUGGAAUGGUGGGGGCAACCCCCAAGGUGGCUCAUGCAAUGGCAUACCUGGGGCAACAGGUGGUGGUGAUUUGUCCCAUGCCAGCUCAAGUAAUGGGGUGCUGUCAGAGAGGCAUGUUGAUAUGGAGUCCCAAGAAGGCUCAACCAAUGGGCUGCUAGAGGAGGGAGACAGUGCCAAUGACUCCCAUGCUGGCUCUAUCAAAGGUGAUCUGGGCAAACCAGAGGACUGGAAGGAGGGUUCCAUUCCAGAUGUGCAUAUUGUUUGA